GUGAGUAAGAUGGCGGCGGUUGCCGGGGAGUGCGCUGGGGCAGGUUAAGCGCAGUCUCCGAGAAUACUGUUUUCUUUUGCCCUUCGUUAUACUUUUUCUCCGUGACUGCGCCCUCGGGAAGGCUCCGAGGACGAGCAGCGGUGCCAAGCGUUGAGAGUGACCGCGCAGCAACUCCCCGCCCCCCAACCUGUCCCGCGUCCCGGACUCCAGGCCCCGGGCCUCCCUUCGGGCUCCGGAUGGACGCUCACGGCAGCAACGUGCCCGCCUUCCUCACCAAGCUGUGGACUUUAAUCGAGGAUCCUGACACCAAUGAACUCAUCUGCUGGAGCGCAAGUGGCAACAGUUUCCAUGUCUUUGACCAAGGACGUUUUGCAAAAGAAGUGCUUCCAAAAUACUUCAAGCACAACAACAUGGCCAGCUUUGUGAGGCAGCUCAACAUGUAUGGUUUCCGUAAAGUUGUGAACAUUGAACAAGGUGGUCUUGUGAAACCAGAGAAGGAUGAUACAGAAUUUCAACAUGUGUACUUUAUCCGGGGCCAGGAACACUUGCUGGAAAAUAUCAAGAGAAAGGUGACAAAUAUAUCAAGUGUAAAGCCUGAAGAGCUGAAAGUCCGUUCGGAUGACGUCAGUAAAAUUCUAAAUGAUGUCCAAAUCAUGAAAGGGAAGCAGGAAAACCUGGACGCCAAGCUAAUGACCAUGAAGCAUGAAAACGAAGCAUUGUGGCGUGAGGUGGCCAGCCUGCGACAGAAACACGCACAACAGCAGAAAGUCGUGAAUAAGCUAAUUCAAUUUCUAAUUUCACUUGUGCAGUCCAACAGAGUCAUCGGUGUGAAGAGGAAAAUGCCUUUGAUGUUAAAUGAUAGUAGUUCUGCGCAUUCCUUGCCAAAGUACAGUCGUCCAUUCUCCUUGGAACCCUUGCAGGAAUCAGCAGCACUGACACAAACUUGUACAAACUUUCCAGGAAACAGCUGUUAUUCACCAGACAACACUUUGUCGUCUGGUCCGAUUAUUUCGGACAUCACAGACCUGGCACAGUGCAGCCCUUCACCCUCCCCAUCUCUUGUGGAAAGAACUAGUCCUCUGCUCCAUAUUAAAGAAGAGCCUCCAAGUCCAACAGCUCAGCCGGAAAUUGAGGUGGUCAGUCCUGUUGCCACUGGCACUGAAGAGCCCCUCUCUCCAUCAACCUUCAUCGAUUCCAUCCUGGAGGACAAUGACAGUAGCACUGCACAACCACAGCCUGAGGACCAAUGUCUCAGUGUGGCCUGCCUUGACAAUUUGAUUCAAGCCCAGCAGAUGUCAGAAGUCAAUUGUGUUAUCUCCAGUCUUUCCUCUUCUACUCGUCCCAGAGCACUGAUAGGAAAUGAUCUCUACAAUCACUUGGAUCGAAUUGAUUCCAGUCUGGAUAACCUACAGAACUUGUUAUCAGGACAAUCCUUCAGCAUGGAAUCCAGCACACUUUUAGAUCUGUUCAGCCCGUCACUUUCUGCUGUCGAUCUGAAUUUGCCAGAUGUGGAAGGUAACCUUGCUGCAAUGCAGGAUUUAUUGGGCUCACAGGAACAGAAAUGCUCAGAUACAAACACAAGCACAGUAGAUACAGGAAAACAGGUUGUCCAGUACAGUGCACCACCUCUGCUGCUAGUCGACUCCAACUCCAACGACACAGGAGACCUCCCUGUCUUAUUUGAUCCUGGAGAUUCUCCAUUCUUUCCACCAGAAGAGAACCUGAAUCCAGAACCCACGGACGAUGACCCACUCUCCCUCCUAUCAAGCACCAACCUGUCAACAACAAAGGAUCCUUCCAUCUCCUAACUAUAGGAGAAACCCUCUCCCCUUUCUCACCCAUCCCACCCCCCCCCCCCCCCCCACCCCCCCACCCACCCAAACAUGCCAGUUGCUGGAAUGCUUGUUUGGGCCAUAGCUUUCUGCUUCAGGAAAGGAUGCAGUACAAAAGAGUGAAACAGUAUCUAUAAAUAUUAAUUUUGAUGACCAGUUUGUGUUACUAACCUGAAACUCUCAUGACAAGAACAGCCCAGGUACUAUGACAGGGAAGAGUAUCAUAGGGUUUCUUAUCCUGUUGUGAUUAAGGACAAGAUUGAUUGCAGAUUGCAAUUUUAUAGUCUUGUUUCUUUAUACUUCCCAACCCAUGCCAUACACCCCUCUCUUGGGGAGCAGUUAGACCUUUGUCCCAACAGCACCAGGUUCUGUCUGAGGGAAAUUCCGAAACCACUCUGAUUUUUGUCCUGGGUGAGGAGAGAGAAUUCUGCUAUCUUGUUUCAUUUACUUCUGUGCUGCCCCUCCUCUCCACCCCCUCCUUCCCCAAACCCUGCCUCCAUUGUCCUUGUUUUUGUAUAUUUACACGUUAAUCCAGUUGCUGAUUACUGAAGAUGUAUUUUUGAUUCAUAUAUUAUUAAACAAAAAAGGUUUUUUAAAAAGACAAGUAAAUAUUCCAGCUUGUAUUCUAAAGCCUGUGAUGCUGCGGUAGAAGGAGGUUUAUUUUUUUAUACAUUAUAUUUUGGAAGCUUGUAAAAGGGUUUUGUGAAGGAUCAGAAAUUGGAAUGGGGAGGGUGUUGGAAUCUGUUCUAACAAGUUGUAACCCAUGCACGUCUCAUCUCCACUUCUUAACACGCGCAUAAACUCACCCACAGUGGAGAUGAGUUCAAUCCACUGAACUCAAUCCUGUGUUCUUUCCAACACUAGUUUAGUUCAAGGGAGUGAAGGGCUGUGUCUCUCUCAGUAUUUUGAAUGCUUUUUAUUAGAUCUUGGUGCUUACAAUUAGAAAGCACAGUUUCAGUUGAUACUUGCCCCAACCCACAAACCCCCACCCAGUAAUUGUGUAGUCUUUCAAUAAACUGCUAGCCCUGCUAGGGUCAGUGCAAAAGAGCCAAAGAGGCAUUUUUCAAAAAGGUUUCCUCGCACUGUCCUGGCCAAAAUUUAACUCUCACCCAGCUGUAAGUAAAACAGAUCAUCUCUCAUUUGUUGCCCAGUCAUGUUUGUUUGUAGGACCUUGCAUUGUGCAUUUGGCUGCCAACUUGGCCAGUCCCUUGGAGCUGAGGAUGGCUCAAGACGACUCUAGACUUUGCUAGAGUGGGGCAGAAGAAGCUUGACAGGGUGGGUGGGUUGUCUGGGAGGUUUGGCACUUUUGCUGUUUUUACUUGGCCUCCAUCGAAGAGACUUGAAGUACUUGGUGCCUUCCAGGAUGCUCCUCCAUUCUGGGCAGUCCCAAGCCAAAGAUAUUUCACUGGCAAUGCUAUAUUUUUGUUCCAAGAAAGUUUUGAGAACAUCCUUGGAAGUGUUUUCUCUGCCCUGGAAAUCCUUUGUCACAACAGAGCUCAGAGUGCCUGUUUCACAAGUCUGGUGUCAGAUGCAGAGACGGAGUGUGGUGCUCCCAUUAGAGCUGCCUAAGCAUUAGUAGAGCCUUCAUGCUGGUGAUGUUAUCCUGGAAGAAGAAUUCCUCUGAUAGAUUUGUCUGUUGAGCAUCAGCUGCACUUCCCAACUUGUUUAUUGGCUACCCAAGCUCUGGGGGAAAUGUGAAAGAGUUGAUGUAAGAGUAAGCUCUUCUGUCACUUGCUGUUGCAUGGGGCUUUCGUUGUUUGUUAAAGUGUGUGCUUAGUUCAAUAACCAAGGAAUCAAUAAUGAUAAGCUCUGGAUAUAGAGAGAUUCUAGCCCUUCUCAUCCCUGUUGUCACCCUUUGGUACCAACAGCAUUAUGCCUGAAAUCAUGAGCUUUGUAGCGAAGAAAUAGUUAUAGAGACAUGGAGAUAAACAACAUGGAGAACAGGCCCUUUAGCCCAACUCGUCCGUGCCAACCAAGUUGCCUACCUGAGCUAGUCCCAUUUGCCUGUGUUUGGCCCAUAUCCCUCUAGACCUUACCUUUCCAUGUACCUGUCCAGGUGGAAAAAAUGAAAUGUUCCUAAAGGAGUUCAUGAUGUAAAUUGAGUGUGCAUAGUAACUCCAGCAUAAGUGUCUUAUAGCACACGUAAAAUGCUAAAACUGUACUACUGUUAACCCUUCCCUCCACCUCACACCUUGCUACUUUUCCUGACCCCUGAACAGUUAGGUCCAUUAAUUGGCAAGUCAUCCUCAGGUUGCAGCUCAGACCAUUAGGGCAUUUACCUCCAUCCAGAAAGGGCAGUAGUUGAACCACUUGGGUUUUCAUGACAGUCUGGCAGCAUAUAUGGUCAUUUCAUUUUACGUUGGGCCAGAAAUUGGGUUUUAACAAUUAUUUUUUUUACCCAGAUUGUCACAGUGGAAUAUGAAUUUAACAAUAUUGGGUUGCUAGUCCAGAGUAAAACCUUUAGCCUAGUAUUUAAAUGAAACCUGUACUUUUCUGAACAAAAAGUAUGAAACUAUUCCUCCGUCAAGAAAUGAAAAUGUGCUAAAGGAAAUGUAUUGGGAGAAGUUAGGGGGAGUAUUGGGAGGGGAGGGGACAAAAGCUGCUUCAAGGUGGAGCCCCAAAUUUGUCUUAAUUAGUUAUUAUAAAUUUGAGAGAGGAGCUGUGGGUGGUUGAGGAAUGCCAGCUAGGAGGGUGAAUGAAAUAUUUGAAGGACUUUGGAUGUGUCGGGCAAGGAUGCAGAGGGAAUGUGGGUACCUACAAGGAGCACACCACAGUAGUCUUCGGGGAGUCAGCAGAGACAAGCAUCUCUGGAGUUGUUGGGAAUUAAUUAAAUACUGUGAUUGAGGAGUUGAGCUCAAUGGCUUGUGGUUGCAGCAAUGCCCUAAGUGGUGGGAAAAAAAGCAAUGUUACUACUUAAUCUUAGUCCUAAUUAAUCUUGAAAGAGAUGCUGGUGAGCUUCCUCGUUGUAUUGUUGCAAUUCAUGUGCUGAAGCUACACCAAUAAACUGUGGGAAGCUGCAGGAUUUUAAUCCACCAACAGUGAAGGAACAGUGAUAUAUUUUCCGAAACUGGAUGAUAUAUGAUUUAGAGGGAAUCUUAAAGGUGGUGUUCUCAUGCAUCUGCUGCUUACGACCUUUGUAGUUGUAGGAGAGGGCUGUCAAAGAAGCCUCAGCUCAUGCAGUGUGCAUUGGUGGUUGCUUGAAUAUCCGGGUACCACUCAGGCCGUUACAAAGUUUAUGGCCACGUUGAUCAUCUUGAGGGUUGUCGAGACCUGGAGAGAAUUCCACCACACUCCAAACUUGGCCCUUGUGUAUGAAAAGGCUCUGGGGCUGAGUCACAAUGCAGUAUACCCAGUUCCUCUUCUGUUUGUGUAGCUUAUGUGGCUGGUCCACUUGCUGGCCGAUGGCAUCUCCUAAAUGCUCAAGGUGAGGUGAUUAUGCUCUCUUCUUGGAGUUGAUCAUUGAUAUGUGUGUGGAGCCCAUUUUUUUUUUAAUGUUAUCUAGUUCUUUUAGGCAUAGACUGCUUUGUUAUCAGGCACGUUGAAAAUGGAACUGAACAUUGUGCAAUCAUCAGUAGGUAUCUACACUUCUGUUCUUAAGGUGGAAGGAAGUCUAUUGAUGAAGCAUGAAUAAGGACAACUCAUUUUUAGGUAUGACUUCUGCAGCACUUGCCAUGCCGUCCUCAUAGAAGCAGAGUUGUUCCCGGGGUUUGAAUUCGAGGAUAUGUUGGGCUAUGAAGUCACAGGUGAGGGGAGGAAAUGCACUCCAGCCACUGGCCCAUAGCACCUCAUGGAUACUUGAAUCUGCUCUGAACAGAUAGCUGGGUGUCCAGUUCUACUGUCAGGAUCAGUCCUGGGUGGUCUUGCUGUUGUUUUUAUGAUUGUAUUUUGUCAGAGGUGUUUACAAUUGAGGCAUUUGCUGUGCCAUUUCAGACAACCAACCAGGUUCACUCACGAUAUUUAUGAGACUGAACUCUUGUUUGGGCCAGUAUCUAAAUCAGUUUGCCCCUGCUGUAAGGGUGUGUGAUGGGUCAGAGGGAGGAUCCCUGCACUUGGAAUGUGUGACAGGACCAGUAUAGAGCGAGCUUUUCUGUAUUGAACCCAUUCUAUCCCUACCCUGGGAGUGGGGGGAGUUGCUGAUGAGACAGUGUAGAGGGAACGUUGUAUCUAACCUAUUCUGUCCCUGCUCUGGGAAUGUUUGAUGGGAAAGUGUAAAGAGCUUUGCUCUGUAUCCAACAAUAAACACUGAGCUAAACUUUUUAUUCCAGACUUAUUCAAUGAACUGACAUUUAAAUUCCACAGUGGAAUAUGCACUUGGUUUUCCAAACAUUUGGUCCAGGCUUCAGAUUAUUUGCUCUUUGGCAAACUGAGAAAGCAAAAGGUGUUGCUUCUGACGCUGCGGCACACCCUCAGCACCUCCCAUAGAUUGUGGUGCAUCCCAAUUCCUCAGAGCAGAUCGAAUCUCUGCCCUGUUAUGGAAGGGGCAGGAUAGGUGAUCCUUGUGGUUUCCAGGGCUAAAGGAACAGGCUCCAACCAGUGGAAAUGUCCCUGUAGAGUACUGGGGAAAGAGCUGUAGGAAAAUCGGGAUUCCCUCAACCAAAAGAGGGAUGUGAUGAGGAAAUGCAAGCUGUGCAUUGUGCCAGUACCAGGGCCUUCCAGAUUAAGUGCCCAGUAACCUGACUGCCCAUGUUCAUUGUAGUAAAUCCCCAGCCACUGCUGAACCCCCACAGUCAUUUACCUUGACCCUGUCCACAGAAUAAUCCUCCACUACUGUUAGCUCACAACACCAGUGCAGAGGAGCAGUGAUUUGCCUGUUGAUGUUAAGUCUGCAUGUGAAUUAAUAUCUGAUCAUACUUGAGCUCCCAGGUAUUAGUCAGUGUGCUGCUUGUGGACUAGCAAUUAAAGGUAUCAUCAGGUCCCCAGCUCUCCCCCUUCAGAUCUUGAAUUCUGCUUUACUCAGUUGAAAUUUUAAACUGGGGAUGUCUCCUUCCUCCUGAAUUCUGUUCCAUUGCUGUGUUGGGCACUGGGUUCCAGUACCAAAAACUGUGGUGGUAUCUUGUCUGUUAUUAACCCACAUGAAAUGAAAGGAAGUCUGGAUGUCUGUAUAGCAAGCAAUUAGGAAGGCAAAUUGCUUGGAGUUAGGGAGUCCUGCUACAACUGCACAGAAUGUGGUGUGCAGUUUUGGUCUCCCGCUCUCAGAAUGAACACGGGUUCAAUGUGAGGAGGCUGGAGCAGGCAUUUGCCCCCUCGCAGUGUUCUGCCGUCUAAUUGUUAUGGCUUUUGUUUUACCAUAACACCAUUUCCCUUUUGAUGACCCUCAAUUAAUACCUAAAUAAAAAUCUAUUGAACUCAGUCUUGAAUAGUCCACUGUCCACUGAGUGGGAAAUUCCAAAGAUUCACCACCCCAUUGUUAAAGAAGUUUCUCUUUUGUAAAUGCCUUCCUUCUGUGCCAUAAACUUGGUGCUUUUCUUUUUAAUUAUGAUUUCCAUCUCAGUCCUGAAGAAAUUUGAAUGAGUUGAUGAGAUCCUCUCAGUCUUCUAAAUUCCAGAGAGUAGGUAGAAGCCUGGGAUACUAGAGCUGUCCUGAGGAUGGGCCUGUGUUCAUUAGAGUCUAGAGGAAUAAGUUCGGGUCAUAUCAGGACAGGUAAGAUUGUGAAGGGACUGGUGAGGAGAUGGGCACAGCUGUUUCCUUUGUCUGUGGAGUCUUGAACUAGGGGAGUGGCUACCCUCUUCCUUCCUGCACUUUGGAAGCAUUAACACAAUGCAGAGGAAGGUUGUGGACAGGCAUUGGGGCACUGCAGCUAGCCCUUCCUCUCUGCCCCACCCACAGGAACAGUCUACAACCUCUUGAAGUUUGAAGCAAAUCUGUGUUUCCUCAGUCACCCUGGUGCAGUCCCUGACCCCCAUGGCUUAUCAUCCCUGCAGACAGGCCUCCAGCCUGAUAAAGCGCAGGGACCAUGUGGCUCAUGUACCAUCCUGCUGACAAGACGAAUGCUGCAGCUCCUUCAUUCAAAUGUGUCUGGGUGUAAACGGAUUUGAUUUCCUACUUUCUGAUAUCUAACAGUGGCAGGAAUCGGCCCCUCGAGUCUGUCAGAAGUUUGAAGUCAAAGCUGGUUUGAUCUUGGCCUUGGCUCCACUCUUACAACCUGUUCCCUGAAGCUUUUGACUCUCCCGCAGACCAAAAAUUAACAUUGGCAUUCUGGUGAUUUGAGAUUUUAAAGUAAAUCUAAUAUGUAAAACAAACACAUUCUUACAUUUGUGGUUUUCCCGGUUAACCAAACUGAUAGACACCCCACACACAGCCACAUUCCUACACACCUACUCAGACAGACCAUCCACACACCACAUUCUACCUUUCAACACUUGAUACUGAGCGCCAUGUAGCACUGUCUUCGGUUAGUUCCCGUGGUGAUUGGCAAAUAUAUGUAUCAGACAUUAAGUCUUCAAUAUUGUAUUUAAAUGCUUUAAAUACAGAUCCCUUGAGUGAGUGAAGGGACUUUGAAAUGUAGAUAAAUUGUAAGUGCAACUGUUUUAUGUGAUAAUAAAGAUGAUUUUAUAUAUAAUCUAUCCAUAAAAGGAAA